GUCUGCGGCGGGGGCCCCCUCCGGCCGGGCUGUGCGCGGGGCCCGGAGCGGCGCCGCGGCCGCCCGCGCGGGGGCUCCCCAUGGUGCAGCGGAGGUCGGGAUGUCGAAGACGCUGAAGAAGAAGAAGCACUGGCUCAGCAAGGUGCAGGAGUGCGCCGUGUCCUGGGCCGGGCCCCCGGGCGACCUGGGCGCCGAGAUCCGCGGCGGCGCCGAGCGCGGCGAGUUCCCCUACCUGGGGCGGCUCCGCGACGAGCCCGGCGGCGGCGGCGGCACCUGCUGCGUGGUCUCGGGCAAGGCGCCCGCGCCCGGCGACGUGCUGCUGGAGGUGAACGGGACUCCGGUCAGCGGGCUCACCCACCGGGACACGCUGGCUGUCAUCCGCCACUUCCGCGAGCCCAUCCGUCUGAAGACCGUGAAGCCAGGCAAAGUCAUUAAUAAAGAUUUGAGGCACUACCUGAGUCUUCAGUUUCAGAAAGGAUCAAUUGACCACAAACUACAGCAAGUCAUCAGAGAUAAUCUGUACUUGAGAACCAUCCCAUGCACUACAAGGGCUCCCAGGGAUGGGGAAGUUCCAGGGGUGGACUAUAAUUUCAUUUCUGUUGAACAGUUCAAAGCACUGGAAGAAAGCGGAGCAUUGUUAGAAAGUGGAACGUAUGAUGGAAAUUUCUAUGGCACUCCCAAGCCUCCAGCAGAGCCUAGUCCUUUCCAGCCAGAUCCGGUUGAUCAGGUCCUCUUUGACAAUGAGUUUGACACAGAAUCCCAAAGAAAACGAACUACGUCUGUCAGCAAGAUGGAAAGGAUGGACAGCUCUCUCCCUGAAGAAGAAGAAGAUGAGGACAAAGAAGCUGUUAAUGGCAGUGGAAGCAUUGAAACCAGAGAAAUCCACUCUGAGUCAUCUGACUGCUGGAUGAAGACAGUUCCAAGUUAUAACCAAACAAAUAGCUCCAUGGACUUUAGAAAUUAUAUGGUGAGGGACGAGAAUCUGGAACCACUGCCCAAAAAUUGGGAAAUGGCCUACACUGACACAGGAGUGAUCUACUUCAUUGAUCAUAACACCAAGACAACCACCUGGUUGGAUCCUCGCCUCUGCAAGAAAGCCAAAGCCCCUGAAGACUGUGAAGAUGGAGAGCUUCCUUAUGGCUGGGAGAAAAUAGAGGAUCCUCAGUAUGGAACAUACUAUGUUGAUCACCUCAACCAGAAAACUCAGUUUGAAAACCCAGUGGAGGAAGCCAAAAGGAAAAAACAGAUAGGACAGGCUGAAAUUCACUCUGCAAAAACAGAUGUGGAAAGAUCACACUUCACUCGGGACCCGUCCCAACUUAAAGGUGUCCUUGUGCGAGCAUCACUGAAAAAAAGCACAAUGGGAUUUGGUUUUACCAUUAUUGGUGGAGAUAGGCCUGACGAAUUCCUACAAGUGAAAAAUGUGCUCAAAGAUGGCCCUGCAGCUCAGGAUGGGAAAAUUGCACCAGGUGAUGUUAUUGUAGACAUCAAUGGCAACUGUGUCCUUGGUCACACCCAUGCAGAUGUUGUCCAGAUGUUUCAGUUGGUACCAAUCAACCAGUAUGUCAACCUUACUUUAUGCCGUGGUUAUCCACUUCCCGAUGACAGUGAAGAUCCUGUUGUGGACAUUGUUGCUGCUACCCCUGUCAUCAAUGGACAAUCAUUAACAAAGGGAGAAACAUGCAUGAAUACUCAGGAUUUUAAACCAGGAGCAAUGGCUUUGGAUCAGAAUGGAAAAUCAGGACAAAUCUUGGCCAGUGACCGUCUCAAUGGUCCAUCAGAUUUAAGUGAACAGAGAGCAUCCCUGGCAUCAUCGGGCAGCUCCCAGCCCGAACUAGUGACUAUCCCUCUGAUUAAGGGCCCCAAAGGCUUUGGGUUUGCAAUUGCUGAUAGCCCAACUGGACAGAAGGUGAAAAUGAUAUUGGAUAGCCAGUGGUGUCAAGGACUUCAAAAAGGAGAUAUCAUCAAAGAAAUUUACCAUCAGAAUGUGCAGAAUUUAACACAUCUCCAAGUCGUAGAAGUUCUAAAGCAGUUCCCAGUAGGUGCGGAUGUCCCCUUGCUUAUCUUAAGAGGAGGUCCUCGUUCACCAACUAAAACUGCCAAAAUGAAAACAGAUGCAAAGGAAAAUUCAGGAAGUUUGGAGACCAUAAAUGAGCCUAUUCCCCAGCCUAUGCCUUUUCCGCCCAGCAUUAUCAGGUCAGGGUCCCCGAAACUGGAUCCUUCUGAGGUCUACCUGAAAUCUAAGACUUUAUAUGAAGAUAAACCACCGAACACCAAAGAUCUGGAUGUUUUUCUUCGGAAACAAGAAUCAGGGUUUGGCUUCAGGGUGCUGGGAGGAGAUGGACCUGACCAGUCUAUAUAUAUUGGGGCCAUCAUUCCCCUGGGAGCAGCUGAAAAGGAUGGUCGGCUCCGUGCUGCCGACGAAUUGAUGUGCAUUGAUGGGAUUCCUGUUAAAGGAAAAUCGCACAAGCAAGUGUUGGACUUGAUGACCACCGCUGCUCGCAAUGGCCAUGUGUUACUAACCGUCAGGAGGAAGAUCUUCUGCGGAGACAAACAACCUGAGGAUGACAGCCCUCAAGCCUUCACACAGAAUGGAUCCCCUCGCCUGAACCGGUCGGAGCUCCCAGCCAGGCCUGCCCCGCAGGAGGCCUACAAUGUUGUCUUACAGAGAAAGGAAAAUGAAGGGUUUGGUUUUGUCAUCCUCACCUCCAAAAGCAAGCCACCUCCAGGAGUUAUUCCUCAUAAGAUUGGCCGCGUCAUAGAUGGAAGCCCAGCUGAUCGUUGUGGAAAGCUGAAAGUGGGAGAUCACAUCUCUGCGGUGAAUGGACAGUCCAUUGUUGACCUCUCUCAUGAUAGUAUUGUUCAGCUAAUCAAAGAUGCUGGAGUCACCGUCACACUGACAGUCGUUGCUGAAGAAGAGCAUCAUGGUCCACCAUCAGGAACAAACUCAGCCAGGCAAAGCCCAGCACUGCAGCACAGGCCCACGGGACAGGCACAAGCCAACCACAUACCUGGGGACAGAAUUGCCCUAGAAGGUGAAAUUGGGAAAGAUGUCUGCAGUUCUUACAGACAUUCCUGGUCUGACCAUAAGCACCUCGCACAGCCUGACACUGCAGUGAUUUCAAUUGUGGGCGGUCGGCACAAUCAGAGCCUGGGGUGUUACCCGGUAGAGCUGGAGCGAGGCCCCCGCGGCUUCGGGUUCAGCCUCCGAGGAGGGAAGGAGUACAACAUGGGGCUGUUCAUCCUUCGUCUUGCCGAGGAUGGCCCGGCCAUCAAAGACGGCAGGAUUCACGUUGGUGACCAGAUCGUGGAAAUCAAUGGAGAACCUACACAAGGCAUCACACAUACACGAGCAAUUGAGCUCAUUCAAGCUGGUGGAAAUAAAGUCCUACUCCUUUUGAGGCCAGGAACUGGCUUGAUACCUGACCAUGGUGGUUGGGAUAUCAAUAGUCCUUCAUCUUCCAAUGUCAUUUAUGAUGAGCAGCCACCGCCUCUCCCAUCUUCACAUUCUGCUUCCACAUUUGAAGAGUGUCAUGUGCCAGUAACUGAAGGCUCUCUGAUUAGAGUGCAGCUAUGUGAGAAGGCAGAAGAACUGAAGGACACUGGACAAGAAAAGAAAAGCACUUUAACUGGAAGCCAGCCUGAGGUGAAGUAUCAGUCUGUUCUCCAGAAAAAUGUGAGCAAGAAGGGUCCACCCAGCAGCUAUGGGCGUGGGGAGAAGAAUCUCCUAAAAGGAGAAAACGGUGUUGCACGAAGAGGUAGGUCUGCCAGUCCCAAAGAGUCAGCCAGUCGGCAUUCGGAGGAACAUGUGGAAAAGAUUUCCAGGCCCCUAAAAAGUGACCCCAAAGGAAAAUCUAGAGAGCGGUCACUCAGCCCUAAGAAAGGAGGGAAUAGAGGUCAGCUUGCCAUUGAGGCGGGCUCUGGACAAGAUCCCUGCAGAAAAGGCAGAGGACGCUCUUCCAGCCCCAGGAAGCAGCAGAAGAUGGCAGGCAACAGCCUGUCAAACACUGAAAGCAAAUUAUCAGAGGUUGGGAGCCGAAGAGCUGUCGGCCAUUGUAAUGACAGCACUGAGCAGCUGCCAGAUGGGAAAGAAAAGUCAGGGGUCAUCAGAAAAAAUCUGAAGCAGAGUCAGCUGGGAAAAAACAGAACAAGGUCUCCAGAGAAAAAGGGCAAUAAAACUGAUGAAAUGUCUCUUGCAUCCAAAAAGACCAGCAACACUGCUAGUACGGUAGUGUCUGAAAAGGAAAAAGGAAAGAUGGCAACCACAGGAGAAACAAGUAGAGACAAGACAGGAGAAAACGUCCAGAUCUCAGCAAAGACACUCAAGCAGGAGCCUGAAGAGAAGGUAGCGUUGAGUAAAGCAGAAGAUCACAAAGGGAAAGAACCUGAGGCCGCUGACAGAGUCAAGGAGCGCGCAGGGACCACACCCGAAAGUACCUCUCCAGUCAAGAAAGCACCCAUCACUCCAGGACCCUGGAGGGUGCCACGUGCAAAUAAAGUCGCAGGCACUACUGGCACGGCUGACAAACAGCUGUGACCUUUCGUUUAAAACAAAGAAAAAUUAAGUUGUAAUCUUUUUCUAAAACACAGCAUUCUUUUAAAGGGGAGGGGUAUGUUUUUCCCCCAGAAAUUCUUCAAUACCUAAUUGGAGCAUCAGGGUAGCCAGGCUGCAUGAAGGGUUUCUGGGAUUGCUAAGACCCACCUGGCCCUGGCCUGCUGCCCUUCCUUAUGCUCAGGCCACUCACUCAGCAAUGACAUGAUCCUAGCAGUGUGGUCAUUCAAGUUAUCCACUGCAUCAGGUCUGUUUUAUCUUCCCAUUUUGAUAGCUCCAGUCACAAAACAGUUUGGUUUGGCUUGAAAAUGUUCUCAAUAGCAUGCUGCAUGUGUCCAGAGAGAAAUAUUUGAGUCCUUGCAGAGGAAGAAAUCGUUAGCUCAUCAUUAAAGUUGGCACUUGCCUCUUCUCACACAGCCUUCUGUCCGUCCUAGUUCACAAAAAUAUUACAGGAAAGGUCAAAUACUAUGGAUGCUUUUUCAUGGCUAAGUAAGGUGUUUCAAGUGACUGUUAAAGGUAUUCCUUACAACUGAAUGCUCAAAAUGGGAAAGUCCUCUAAGCAGCAGAAUUAACAACCUCCUGCCCUGUUAGCCAGCUCUCACAUAGUGACAGCGUCUCCGAUCACCUCUGGUUGUGAGGGGAGUACAGGAGCAUGUAGAAGCACUGCUUGUUUCUCUUUAAAGAAAAACUACUCCAUCUGGAUAUUUUAGUUAUUAAUCAUUAGUCUUUAAAGAGCCAGAGUCCUGUAUAGGUUUUUGUGAGGGACUUAAUCAUGAACAGUUCCACAGCACUGCCAGAGAAAGCACCAGCUCCUGCAGGUAAAGGACACAUCCAGGAGCAGAUGCAUGAGUGCUGGGAUUUAGAAGCAGAGCCUGCCUUGGGCUUCCCCAGCAAGUCAGGACUAAUGUGGUAUAGACUGUGUGUUGGAACUUAAUUUUUCAGUUUUUAAAGUCUAAUAAAAAUGUUUGCUGAAAGUGGGAGACAAUUUUUAAACUCAUACAAUAGAGCAGGACAUUAGUUAGUUCCCUGAAACAGCAUUCAGAAACAUCUAUAAAUACAGACAUUUCUCAGACCAAAACUAUCUACUUAUAAAGUAUUUGAACACAUUCUGUUACCCUGUGAGUCUGACAAAUUCCACUGUGACAACUGUACCAGCCCCUGUAUAUAACACAUGCUUCCAUCCAGAACUCUAUUUAACCCAUCUCUUAUAAUUACUUGAAUAGAGCAAAUUAGGAAACUUGAUAAAUGCUAAGUAUUUAGUACCACAGAAAUGAUUUAUUUUCCCUAUAGUCCACAAUUAGUGACACAAAUCCUAUUUUUCCUGUUAACUGUGACAUGACUUUGAUGCCCUGUGUUGUCAAUAUGAUGUUGCUCUCCCUGAGUGCCCUGUCACUGUACUGACAGCAGUGUGGCCUUGGGGUGCGGAACAGCUGCGGAUGUGCGGGAUGCGAGUGUUUAUAUAUGUACAGCACCUUUAUAUAGACACCUGAGGUUCUGAUUAGAGAGAUCUGUAAAUCGCUCGUUAUUUUUUAUAUAGAUAUUAAAAAAGAAAGAAAAGUUUA